AGAAGAAGAGGAGAAGCCAAGGCUCCCGCUUCCCCCGCUCUUAGCAGCGCCCGGCAUCCUGGAGCAGAGUCGGAGCCGGCACAGGAGGCACAGAGGCGCGUGCCCGGCGGAGAGACACACGCGGAGAGAGCGCCAAAGAGAGAGCGCGAGCCGCGCGCGCGGAUCACCCUCGGGCAGGCGCGCGCGCGCGUUCCCAGUGCCAGGCUUCCCCGGCAGCCGGAGAAGAGGAGCCGGGAGAGGAGAGGAGGGCGCGGGUUUUGAGGAGGGGACGGGGAAGGGGAGGGGGAGGGGGAGGAAGCAAGAGCCGCCUUCCUUUGCUCCUCUGUCGGCCCGCUGAAGCUGAAUUCCCCCUCCCCUCCUCCUUCUCCUGGUCACGCACAACCUGCACCCUCGCUCGCUCGCUCGCUCCCUCCAGACCUUCUCCUGGUCUCCUUUGGUUCUUCGAGAGGGACGCUGCUGCUGCUGUUUCUUCCCCCCCUCCGUCCCUCCUAGGGAAGUUUGCCCCCAUGGCGCUCAUUAUGGAACCCGUGAGCAAAUGGACCCCCAGCCAAGUGGUGGACUGGAUGAAAGGACUUGAUGACUGCCUGCAGCAAUAUAUCAAGAAUUUUGAAAGAGAGAAGAUUGGUGGGGACCAGCUACUACGAAUCACUCACCAAGAAUUAGAAGAUCUCGGUGUUACUCGAAUUGGUCAUCAAGAACUUAUUUUGGAAGCAGUUGACUUACUCUGUGCACUGAACUAUGGGCUGGAAACAGAAAACCUAAAAACGCUUUCUCACAAAUUGAAUGCAUCUGCCAAAAAUCUUCAGAACUUUAUCACAGGGAGGAGGAGGAGUGGUCACUAUGAUGGCAGGUCGAGCAGAAAAUUACCAAAUGAUUUCCUUACCUCAGUGGUGGAUCUGAUUGGAGCAGCAAAAAGUCUUCUGGCUUGGCUGGACAGAUCACCUUUUGCUGCUGUGACAGAUUACUCUGUAACAAGAAAUAAUGUCAUACAGCUCUGUCUUGAAUUAACAACGAUUGUACAGCAGGACUGCACAGUAUAUGAAACAGAAAAUAAAAUUCUUCACGUGUGCAAGACUCUUUCUAAUGUCUGUGACCACAUAAUCUCGCUCUCAUCUGAUCCUCUUGUAUCUCAAUCUGCUCACCUGGAAGUGAUCCAGCUAGCAAACAUCAAACCAAGCGAAGGGCUGGGUAUGUACAUUAAAUCAACAUAUGAUGGUCUCCAUGUAAUUACUGGAACAACAGAAAAUUCACCUGCAGAUCGAUGUAAGAAAAUCCAUGCUGGAGAUGAAGUGAUUCAAGUUAACCACCAAACUGUGGUGGGGUGGCAGUUGAAAAAUUUGGUGAAUGCACUACGAGAGGAUCCGAGUGGUGUUAUCUUAACUUUGAAAAAGCGACCUCAGAGCAUGCUUACCUCAGCACCAGCUUUACUGAAAAAUAUGAGAUGGAAGCCCCUUGCUCUGCAGCCUCUUGCACCUAGAAGUCCUACAAGCAGUGUGGCAACGCCAUCUAGCACUAUCAGCACACCUACCAAGAGAGACAGUUCUGCACUUCAGGAUCUCUACAUACCUCCUCCUCCAGCAGAGCCUUACAUACCCAGGGAUGAAAAGGGAAAUCUUCCCUGUGACGACAUUGGAAGACUUUUAGUAGGAAAGCCAGUACAUAAGGGUUCCGAAUCACCAAAUUCAUUUCUUGAUCAAGAAUAUCGAAAACGUUUUAAUGUAGUGGAAGAAGAUGCUGUUUUGUACUGUUAUGAAUAUGAGAAAGGAAGAACAAGUAGCUCUGGACGAAGAGAAAGCACCCCAACUUAUGGAAAACUGAGGCCUAUAUCUAUGCCAGUAGAAUAUAACUGGGUAGGGGAUUAUGAAGAUCCUAACAAAACUAAAAGAGAUAGUCGGAGAGAAAAUUCAUUACUUCGGUAUAUGAGCAAUGAAAAAAUAGCUCAGGAAGAUUACAUGUAUCAAAGAAACAGCAAGAAGGACACAGGCAAAAAAUCCAAAAAAAAGGGAGAUAAGGGCAACAGUCCUAGCCAUUAUUCUCUGCUACCUAGUUUACAAAUGGAGUCUUUAAGGCAAGAUAGCAUGAGCACACCUGGGCCCGAAACAUCCUUGUAUCAUACAUUUCAACAGUCCUCUCUACAGCACAAAUCCAAGAAGAAGAACAAAGGUCUUGCACCAAGUAAGAGCAAAAGACGUAUUUCCUGUAAAGAUCUUGGUCGUGGAGACUGUGAGGGCUGGCUUUGGAAAAAGAAAGAUGCCAAGAGUUACUUUUCACAAAAAUGGAAAAAAUACUGGUUUGUUCUGAAGGAGACUUCACUGUACUGGUAUAUCAAUGAGGAGGAUGAAAAAGCAGAAGGGUUCAUCAGCCUUCCAGAAUUUAAAAUUGAUAGAGCUAAUGAAUGUCGCAAGAAAUAUGCAUUCAAAGCCUGCCAUCCCAAGAUCAAAAGCUUUUAUUUUGCUGCUGAACAUCUAGAUGACUUGAACAGGUGGUUAAACAGAAUUAAUAUGCUUGCUGCUGGACAUGCAGAAAGAGAGAGGAUCAAACAAGAACAAGAUUACUGGAGUGAAAGUGAUAAGGAAGAAGUAGAAACUCCAUCAACACCUAAACAAGACAGCCCUCCUCCGCCAUAUGACACAUACCCACGACCGCCUUCGAUGAGCUGUGCAAGUCCUUUCGUAGAACCAAAACAUAGCAGACUCUCAUCCACUGAAACAUCCCAGUCCCAGUCUUCACAUGAGGAAUUCCGUCACGAACCAGUUGGAAGCACUACGGAAUCUCCCAUCCGCAAAACUGCCAGCCAGCGACGCUCAUGGCAGGAUUUAAUAGAAACACCACUGACAAGCUCAGGACUGCACUACCUUCAGACUCUACCACUUGAAGACUCAGUUUUCUCUGAUCCAACUAUUAUAUCUCCCGAACAUAGGCGCCAGUCAACUCUUCCUACUCAAAAGUGCCACCUACAGGAUCACUAUGGCCCUUUUCCCUUAGUGGAGGGUGAGAAAUUGCAAGUCCUAAAUGGGAAUGGGGGAAAGCCUCGCAGCUAUACUCUGCCACGGGAUGGUGGGUUCAACCAUUGCUGCCACACGCUUUCUGUCAGUGCCUCAAGCCAUCAAGAAGAAAUGCCACAGAAAGAGGAAGAAGAAGGCGAAGGGGAAGGGGAAGAAGAAGUUGCAUCAGAAAACCAACAAGAUGAAACUGAAACUCUAGAAGAAAAGCCUGCAGAUUCGUUGCAAGAUUUGUACCGGUCUUUGGAACUAGCUAGUUUGACCCCUUUGGGAGACCUUCAAAUAUCUACCAAAAUGGAAUACAAGAAAUUUUUUAUCAAACGCUGCAGUGAUCCAGUGGUCAAUGAAAAAUUGCAUCAACUGCGAAUUCUGAAAAGCACUUUAAAGGCCAGAGAAGAAGAAGUAGCCAUCAUAGAUAAAGUUCUGGAUAAUCCAGACUUGACAUCUAAAGACUUUCAAGACUGGAAACAAAUGUAUCUUGAUCUGUUCCUGGAUAAUUCACAGAACAAUCUCUCAGAGGACCCUGCUAAUGACUCUGAUGAAGUUGAUGCACUUCUAGACUCUCUAGCGCAUACUCAUUCCUACAUUGAAACGCAUGUAUAAAAAGAAAAAUAUCAGGUUUUUGUUUUCACUCUCUGCAGCUUUCCAGAUCUACUUUAGUGCACAGAGUAGAUUUUAUAUCAGUCUACAAGAGAUCUAUUUUAAUGUUUCUGAUAUGAGUUCAGUGCAAUUUCCAUGGUCAUUGUGUGAAUAGAAACUUACAUAUUUUCUAUGCUGCUGAUGUUCAAUUUAUGUUUACAAACUCUGACUAUGAUCCAAAGGAGGAGUCAUGGGAGAGGACCAUGAUGCACAACUCUUAUUGUUGGAGAGAAAAGCUGCUUUUCAAACUGAAGAGAAACACAUAUCUAGCUUCUCUCGAUCAUAACCACUGUAUUUAUCAAUUUUUUUAAAGAAAACUUUAAGAAUAGGUAUUUUGGAGGAUUACAUUGAUUUCUCAAGGGAAAGUUGGCAUAAGAGCAGUGUUUUACUACAGAAAGUCAGGCUGUUUCCUAUUUUAUUAGUAUAUAACUGUUAUUAAGAGUUACAUUUUCAAAGUGCAGCUUUUGUUUUGGCCAGCGUGAUAAUUAAACUUUUAUAUUUGGUGGAAUAUUUUAGAUAUUUUCAUAAAUUAUAAAAAGUGUAGUACUGUGAUAAGAACUGCAUUUUAAAGAAAAGAGUCAGGGAAUAAGGAAAAAGGGACUUUCAUAAUAUGCUUGGAUAUUUAAAAAGUCAAAGCUUUGUUUUUGUUUAUUUUACAUUCUUUUGAAAGAUGAUUAGCAGACAAUCUAUGGCACAGAAUUAGUCAAGGACAAAGGGCUGUUUGUGUUUUGGUUUUGACACAGAUUUUAACACAUGUAAGCUCAACUAUCUAAUUACCCAUUUCUCAGCCUCUUCUUACUUAUAUACAGGGGGGUUUCUAUUCUUAAAGCAUGAAUAAUUUUUCUUUUAAGUCAACAUUUUAACUGUUUUGAAAUUGUCUGUUCAAGACAAUUCAUGCUUUGAACUUUGAGAACAUACUGACAAUUCUAGGGAAAGGGAAGAGGUAUGAGUGUUUGUUAAAAACAUUUGUCCACCUCAUACUAGAGGUACCCCUUUUUGGUGGGCGGAAUUAUCAGUAAAGUGCAUGGGUUCAAAAGAUUAAUUUCAAAAGGUAUCAGAUUCACACAUAAACCAAAUAUUCUUUACUUUUAAAAAAGAGUUCCUUGGAAGUUCAUUUGAAUAUUUUAAACUAAAAGGAACUGCGAACAGUAACAAGUAACAUAUUGAAAGUCAUAUCUGCAGUUAUAUGCCGCAUAUUGAAGUACUUUGGCCACAUAAUGAGAAGGCAGGAAAGCUCAGAGAAGAUCAUGAUACUGGAAAAAAAUGGAAGGAAAAAGGGGCCGACCAAGGGCAAGAUGGAUGGAUGGUAUCCUUGAAGUGACUGGCUUGACCUUGAAGGAGCUGGGGGUGGCCACGGCUAACAGGGAACUCUGGCGUGGGCUGGUCCAUGAGGUCACGAAGAGUCGGAAGCAACUGAACAAAUAGACAACAAGAACAUGCCACAUAUAGUCUAUUAACUUACAAAUAGCUGGACUGUAGCCAGCAAAGCUGCAAUAGUAGUAUUUUUAUUUUAUUCAUACCAUUUGCUUAGGCAUUCCUUCUUGAAAAUCUAGAUGUUUCCCCCUCAGACUACUUGCAUUCCCAUUUGUUCCCCAGUUAUCUCAUCCUUUCAUUUUAAAGUGCGGAUUUCCAGUUAUUUCAGAUUCUGAAGCAGGUGUAGCACAAACCUUUCAGGUUUGAACUAGUGAUACUGCUGUUUAGAGGUGUGGUUCAGUGUGAGCGUGCAGUCCUGCCUCUCACCAAUACGUGUUUGUUUUUGAGCUUUUCCAAAGGGAGAGCUCCUUACACUAGCAAUCAGAAGGCACUAUACAGCCAUUUUGUCUUCCCCUGUCCCUUUUCCAUGGUAAGAGCAGACAGAAGAAGCAUGGGAAAGUAAGGGAGGUUGCAAGUGGCAGAUAAUGAUAUCUAGAGGUCCACAUAAAAGUUGAUGAAUGAAGCAGGAUGAUUUUAAAAGGUCAUCUGUAACCAUGCUAUGUCUCUAUUCUUUAUUCGGGAGCUCUUAGAGUUCAAAAUACUGCAGGUUUAGCUAGUUUCAAAAGGAUAAUAAGAUAAUCUUGACCAGAGAGUCAAGUGAACAUUUUACCUCAUAUUUGGUUUGAAACUGUAGCGGGAGAGGCGCUCUCAACUCUUGAGUAUGUGUAUGUGCCUGCCUAUCAGAAUGACUUAAGACCCCAGUCAUACUUGAAUUGGAGCCUGUUGUAUCAAAUUACACUGUAGUGUGAAAGGUUUGCUUUGGAGAAUGGGGAUCACUCAAUUCUCAUUGAUAAGAGGUGGUGAUCCCAUGCUACUGUGUCAGGACUGGUGUUAAUUGAAUCUUGUGUUGUGCUGUAGGAAAACAUUUUGGCUUCUGCUUCCUUCAGCAAUCAUGAAACUAAGUAUAUAAUGGAGAUAUCAUCAUCCUCUUGGUGUCCUGCAGAUGCUUUGGACUACAACUUCCAGAAUUGCUUACCAUUGGCCUGGGGCUGAUGAGAACUGAUGCCCAAAAUAUCUGGAAGGUGUCAUGUUAGAGAAGAUUGGCAUACUGCCUUGAUCAAACAUUGGUGUAUUUCACCUAAUAUGUACCCAGUGGGGGAGAGGUUAAGACAGAGCUCUUCUCCCUUGACAUCAGUUACUGUUUCAUGGCAUAAACAAGCAUCAUAUCUAGUUCCCCACAUUUUGCCCUUUCUCUUCAAAGAGUAUUUUGGACUGUAGUUACCAGAAUCCUCCAGCCAGCAUAGCAAGGCUCGUUUUGGAGUACUGCUUUGGAGUACAGUACAGUGUUUUGAACAAUGUUUCUGUUUGAACUACAGUUGCAAGAGUCAGCCAUUCAGCACUUGCUUGGGGACUCUGGGAACUGCAGUCCAAAAAGUGACAUCUCCAAGCCCAACAGCAAUCGUUUGUGAUAUAAAAGAGGAAAGCAUGGGUGAAGUUUCCUUGGCAUUACUGAUCAGUAUGGCAAGGCAAUUAAUUGCACGAUUAUUCCUCAGUUGCACCAGCCCUUGCAUCUUAAAUAGCAAGUUCAUGAUGCUUUUGCUGGAAAUACUCCAGGUGAUAAACUGUGGAUGCUUUGUAGUUGACUCAUCAAUACCUUCCUCACUGUUUAUUCUCACAUUGCAAGAAAUUAACUGCAUUUUGAAGGUCCCUCGUAUGUCACAGAAUUGGCCUUGAGACACCCAAGCUGAUAUAGCCAAUCUCCUAAUAAUUGAAAAUGCAGCUGAGGUUGAAGCAUUUGCGAUGAAACCUGUCUGUGCCUGACUAGGGAUAUACGCAGUAAAGUCAAAACCAUAUGUUUUUGCCCUUUUAUCAGCACUUGAUUCUUGUCAUGAUUGUGCAUGACAAAAUAAAUCGCCUUGUGGCUUCUUAAUGCUUUUCUGCACAUGUGAGGAGUUGAGAUAUGAGCUGAUCGAUACCUGGGCAAAAGGAAAAAAGGUAAGUCUUUUUAAAUGAGUCUGUUUGAGAAGUUGCGCUUUCUAACCUAGCUUCCAGCUAUUACCUGUUCAGCUCAGUGAAUGUACUUCUAAACUUUUAAAGAGCAUUAUGUGUUCUGCUCUUGGACUAAGCUUAAAAUCAAAGGAUAGUCCAUUUCUUUUCAAUUGCAUUUUUGGAUUGCAAACGUCUUGCAAAUUUUGCACAAUUGUACAGGAGAGUGGCCUUUUAAAAGCUAAUUUUACGUAAAUCUGUAUUCUGUUGAACCUGAAUGACAAACCAUGCAUAUGUAUGGAAUUCCAGGUCCAGUGAAAAUGUUUAUAUCAUCUACAAGAUUCUGUUUGUAUAAACAAUUUAUUGACUGCAUGACUCGUUUGUUAUAAUUUGUGAUAUUUUGAAUAUUUCUCACAUAAAAAUGCUUGACCCUGAAA